GAGUCACCCUCCGCAGACUCCGUCGGGCUCCGUGCGCAGCCGCCUCGCCCGCGCCGCCCGGGAAGCGGCUGCGGCACACACGGUAGCGAGGAGUGGGGACGGCCGUUCCCACCGGCCCGAUCUUGGUUCCCAUGGACGCGGACUGGCGCCUGCUCGGGGCGCCCGCGCGCCUUCGCCGCGCUUAUUGCAGGAGUGGCCAGGACAUCCUCUUUCAGAAGUAAUGCCCACAGAAAGCGGGAGCUGUUCAGCUGCUCGCCAAGCAAAACAGAAACGCAAAUCUCAUAGCCUUUCCAUCCGAAGAACUAACAGCUCGGAGCAGGAGCGGACGGGCCUGCCGAGGGAAAUGUUAGAGGGACAGGAUUCUAAACUGCCUUCCUCGGUUCGCAGUACGCUUCUGGAAUUGUUUGGUCAAAUAGAAAGAGAAUUUGAAAACCUUUAUAUUGAAAACUUAGAAUUGCGCAGAGAAAUCGAGACUCUUAAUGAGCGUUUGGCUGCUGAAGGACAGGCGGUUGACGGGGCGGAGCUGAGUAAGGGGCAGCUCAAGACGAAAGCCGGCCACAGCACCAGCCAGCUCUCGCAGAAGCUGAAGACCACCUACAAGGCCUCCACCAGCAAGAUCGUCUCCAGCUUUAAGACCACCACAUCACGGGCCGUGUGCCAGCUCGUGAAGGAGUACAUUGGCCACAGGGAUGGCAUCUGGGACGUCAGCGUGGCAAGGACACCGCCCGUGGUGCUGGGGACCGCAUCUGCUGAUCACACGGCUCUGCUGUGGAGCAUCGAGACCGGGCGGAGCCUCGCCAGGUACACGGGCCACGUGGGGUCAGUGAAUUCCGUAAAAUUUCAUCCAUCUGAGCAGCUGGCUCUCACUGCGUCUGGGGAUCAGACUGCUCACGUCUGGAGGUACGCGGUCCAGCUGCCCACGCCUCAGCCCGUGGCCGACACGAGUCAGCAGCUGUGUGGCGAGGACGAGGUGGAGUGCUCCGAUAAGGACGAGCCCGACGCAGACGCGGAUGCGCCCAGCGACUGUCCCACCAUCCGGGCGCCGCUGACGUCUCUUAAGAGCCACCAGGGCGUGGUCAUCGCAGCCGACUGGCUGGUCGGGGGGAAGCAGGCGGUGACGGCCUCCUGGGACAGGACGGCGAACCUGUACGACGUGGAGACUUCGGAGCUCGUCCACUGCUUGACAGGCCACGACCAGGAGCUGACGCACUGCUGCACGCACCCUACCCAGCGGCUGGUGGUGACCUCCUCCCGCGACACGACCUUCCGCCUGUGGGACUUCAGGGACCCGUCCAUCCACUCCGUGAAUGUCUUCCAGGGCCACACGGACACCGUGACCUCGGCCGUGUUCACCGUGGGCGACAACGUCGUCUCCGGCAGUGACGACCGCACCGUGAAGGUCUGGGACCUGAAGAACAUGAGGUCCCCCAUCGCCACCAUUCGCACGGACUCCGCCAUCAACAGGAUCACUGUGUGUGUUGGCCAGAGAAUCAUUGCUCUCCCGCACGACAACCGCCAGGUGAGGUUGUUUGACAUGUCGGGCGUGCGGCUGGCGAGGCUCCCUCGCAGCAGCCGGCAGGGCCACCGGCGGAUGGUGUGCGGCUCGGCCUGGAGCGAGGACCACCCCGUGUGCAACCUGUUCACCUGCGGCUUCGACCGCCAGGCCAUUGGCUGGAGCAUCAACAUCCCGGCGCUGCUGCAGGAGAAGUGAGGGCCCCGACGGGGCCCAGGACCGCGCGGCGCCCGCCCGUCCCGUGUGAGGAGCGUGUCCGUGGGAGGCGGCCCCGGGGCGGGUGAUGUACAUGCUGUCCCCACGCUGUGCGCCCGGCUUGCAUGAAAUGUCCAGAACGUG